ACGCGGCGUGACGUCAGCGAGUGGUGCAGGAAGAUGGGAGACGACAGACAUGAGGGAGACAUCCGAGAGAGAACACAAACACAAUGACAAGGUAUGAUGACAGACUGCCGCAGCUCGUGGGUUGGCACUGAUCAGAAAGCAUGGGGCUCCGGCUCAGUGGCAAGGGACAGCAGAGCCACAGGAUGGUGAUCUUCGCCGCCAUCUUCAUCCUGAUGACACUCCUCAUCCUGUACGGCUCCAACAACGCCAACGAGGCCGUCUACACUCCCUUCCACGUGGCUACAAAUCACGCCAUCAAGACUACAGACCUGAAGAAAUGGUCCGGGAGAGACGGUUAUGUACCAUUUUAUGGGAACAAGACUUUGAACCUGCACUGUCACAACUGUGCUCUGGUGACGAGCUCCAGCCACGUCCUGGGUACUCGAGCGGGAGAUGAGAUCGACCGUACCGAGUGUGUUAUUCGCAUGAAUGACGCCCCCACGUUGGGAUACGAGUCGGAUGUUGGGAACCGGACGACUCUGAGGGUCGUAGCCCACUCCAGUGUGUUCAGGGUGGUCCGAAGGCCCAACGAGUUCCUACACCGCACAGACAGCAACCCUGUGAUCAUCUUCUGGGGACCCCCGAACAAGAUUGGGAAGGAGGCCAAAGGAACCUUAUACAGGUUGAUCCAGAGAGUCAGCAUGACAUACAGCAACGUGUCUUGUUUCAGUGUCACGCCGAGCAAGAUGCGCAGAUUUGACAGUCUGUUUCACAGAGAAACAGGACGAGACAGGCAAAAAUCUCACUCGUGGUUGAGCACAGGCUGGUUUACGAUGGUCAUAGCCAUCGAGAUAUGUGACAACAUCAAAGUAUAUGGGAUGGUUCAACCCAAUCACUGCGGAAAACCUGGAUCCAAGAAGAUGCCGUACCACUACUACAAACCCAGGGGAUCUGAUGAAUGUGUGACAUACAUACAGAACGAGAGCGGCCGGAGAGGAAACCACCAUCGCUUUAUCACAGAGAAACAGGUGUUUGCACGCUGGGCAAAGCAGUACAACAUCACCUUCACUCAUCCAAAGUGGUGAAAAGACGGAUCUCUGCACUCACAGGAGCCUGCGUGAGCACGAUGAGCUGGAUUUCACUGCAACUUCCCCAAAUGUGAAGCCUCGCGAUGAAUGGCGGCUAUUUUCAGGAAUUGCCACGGGGGCAACAGAAGCAUUUGGAAAAACCUAAAAUUGGACCUAAUCGCUAUGGAAUCAUAUACGAAUGUUUUCUGUUGCAGAAACUCACUUUCGUAAGGUUUCUGAAGCACUGCGUCUACUCCACAUUGAGUUGUGGGAGUAAUCUGACAAGUGAUUUUUGUAAAUAGAAAAUGAAUUUAAAAAUGAUUUUUUUACAUGUUUAUAAUAUUUUUGUUAUGUGCUGAAAAUAUAGUUCUGUUUCCCAUGUUGAGGAGGGGUUACAUCAGCAAGCACCUCUAAAUAAGUGGCCUACAAAACAGACUCGAAAUAGCUCUUAUCUGUCCAUUACACAAGAGAUCAUGUUCUGCAGACAGAGCAGCCAGAGCCAGCAACCCACUAAUUCAAUCUAUAAACAAUCUACUGUAUGUUGGGGCCUUAUGAUACAGUAACAUGAGCAGUUCCUGAACCAGUACCAAAACAAUAUUUUUUCAAUAACAUAACUCGAAGACUAUAUAUAUAUAAAACUCUAUUAUAAUUCUGCAUAUAUUUUCAUUUAAUGUUUAAGCUGCAUGUUUUAUGUCUUAGCACAAAUCAGCCAGACAGUAACUAAACAUAAGUCUGAACUGUGAUUUAAAUCAGGAAACAGUGGAUUCAGUGCCAGCUUUUAGUCUCAUACAUUUUUUUUUUUUUAACUUGGUGCUGCAUACAUAUUCAGAAUAGUACUUAAAUGUUUUGGCAAAGUCAAGCUCUGGUUAAAAGAUGUCAGAUGAACUGUUUAAGCGAUCUGUGUUACUCAACAGUAACAAAACAGAACAUCAUUAUUGGACAUGUUGAGUUUGCAUAAAUUAUACAGCACCAAAUUAAUGGCAGAAACACUGUCACAUUAUGCAGAGUUCUUUGAUUAUUUUAAGUCUGUUCGUCUCAAACAUAGAGAUAUAAUUAAGAUACUACUACAGCAUUGUAAGAAGAACAUUUUACCUUCACUCCUUUUACCUCAGUGGCACUGCAGUGCAUGCAGCCUAAUUUCAAAUCGCCCCCAGAAUGCUUCCUGGUCGGGCUGUGCAUCAGUAUGGAAUUGCACGAAUUCAGAGUAAGAAGCAAAGAAGGGUGCAAUAACUUCAAACUGUGUUGCCUUUUGCUAGUAGAUAGUCUGCAAACAUACUUUUUUGGCAACAUUCGUGCUCAGGAAAGGCUCUCAUCACUGUGCACGAAAUGUGCUUCAGUCUAGUUAUGAUCGGAAGCCUGCGCUGUUUGGUUAUUGAAAAUAAUUGGUCAAUAACAAAAAGAAAGAAAAUACAAUUACUAUAUGAAGCUUAAAUUGCCUGCUAUUGUGGUAACAGCCUGAAACACAGAUUUUUAUAUGAAGCAAACUUAGGAACACAUUCAGCAUCUGCAACACAGAAGGAGGUGUAUUAAACUACAAUCUUAUGGAUAUACAGUAGGCUCAAAACAAAAACUAACUGAAUAUAACUUUCAUGAAGGUAGGAUUUCCUGCAGGAGAUUGUUCUAUUAGACUGCAUUAGUUAUCACCUGCUACACCUCACGUUAAGCCCACAGAUAACCCAAAAGUUACCACCAUAGGCUCCUUUAAACCUUCUGAACCACAAGCGGUGUCUGGUAGUUUUUUGAUUCCUUCACAUUUGUCCUCACUGUGGGCUCAUUUUUCACUGCAGUGUUACAUCCUGCACUUCUAUGAAAACAAGGUUAGACUCAAAAAAGAAAACACAAAAAUGAACAUGUACAACGUUUAUACAGAUCAGCCCAGGUGUUACCAAUAGCGGAACAACAUUGGUGUUGUGCAUGUGAUGGAUAUUUUGCUUUUUAGAUGUUUUAUUUGUUAGCAUACUUGCACUUCAGCCAAAAAGUCCCUGAAUUCUGUCACAUGACUGUUGGUCACAGCUGAGUCGGUACUGGUUUAAUGCUGUGCUGAGAAGCUCAGAAUUUUUUUUUUUUUUUACAGAAUCCAGUUUGAGCAAAAUGUCAUAUCUGUCAAACCUGGCUGAGCUUUGAGGUUCAGAGGGUUAACGUCAGAAACUGAAAUGUUAAUAUAAAGGGUAGAUAUGUGCAGCAUGCAUGGGAAUUGGAAUGUG